UUCUCCAGAUAUGUGCCCAGGAGAGGGACUGUUGGAUCAUAUGGUAACUCUAUUUUUAGUUUCUUAAAGAAUCUCCAGUGUUUUCCAUGGUGUCUGUACCUAUUUACAUUCCUACCAACAGUGUAGGAGGGUUCCCUCUUCUCCACACUCAGACGUAUUCUUAAUCAGCCUUCUUGUUUCACCUGAGAUGUGGUUUACCUCUUGUUGUCCAUUUCCCUACACUGGAAUACAGGCUUUUUGAGGCGGGGGAUUUGUAUGGUGUGUUACAGCAUCUCUGGUACAUGAACUGUGCAAAGGCAUCAGUGUCAUUGUGCUGACCGAACAAGAGAAUAAAUUGACCUAUGGUACAGAUGAGGGAAGUGUGGCUGGAGGGUCAGUGGCUCUGCCCUGAAUGUACCUGUGUGGUCUUCAUUCCUUUUGAUUCACAGACAGCAGAAAGGACUUUACCUCAGUCAGAGCAGGUUACAGGUGAAGGGGCUUAGAACAACUUUCUAGGUAUAAAUGUGUCAUCAUAAUUUUGAUGGUGAGGACGGUGUCAGUUAGCUCUGUCUUUGCCAGGUGCUCUGCUAAACUGUCUGAAUCCUCAAACAACAGCAGCAAACCCUAAGUAGUGGUACCCGUAUUACCCCUGUGUUAGCCAUUAGUAACAGAGCAGUGGAGGCUUCUGCAAGUUCCCUUGCCCAAGGGUGGGUGCGCAGCACUAGGAUGGGGAGUCAGAUGCAUGUCCUUUUAACUGCACAGUCCUGGUGCUAACCGCUGCUCUCUCCUGCCUCUCCUUCUGUAGGCAUUUGCAUCAAGUGUGGCCUUGGCAUCUACGGAGCAAGGCAGGCGUGCCAGGCAAUGGGGAGCCUGUAUCACACCGAUUGCUUCACCUGCGACUCCUGUGGAGGGAGAGAAGUGCUGAGAAAUGGCAGCAGGGGCAUCACCCCUGGUUUCCAGCGACCCAGGGACCCCCUUCUUGACCCUCAUCCUUGCAGGGAGACGACUUCGCGGGAAGGCAUUCUACAAUGUGGGUGAGAAAGUGUACUGCCAGGAGGACUUCCUGUACUCCGGGUUCCAGCAAACGGCUGACAAGUGUAGCGUGUGUGGACACCUCAUCAUGGAGAUGAUCCUGCAGGCCCUUGGCAAGUCCUACCACCCGGGCUGUUUCCGGUGCUCCGUGUGCAAUGAGUGCCUGGAUGGGGUGCCCUUCACUGUGGACGUGGAGAACAACAUCUACUGUGUCAGAGAUUAUCACACGGUUUUUGCACCAAAAUGUGCCUCCUGUGCCCGUCCUAUCCUCCCUGCACAGGGCUGCGAGACAACCAUCCGUGUGGUGUCCAUGGACAGAGACUACCACGUGGAAUGCUAUCACUGUGAGGACUGCGGGCUGCAGCUGAGCGGGGAGGACGGACGCCGCUGCUACCCCCUGGAGGGCCACCUGCUGUGCCGCCGCUGCCACCUGCGGCGCCUCCGGCCCGGCCCGCUUCCCUCACCUGCUGUGCACGUCACAGAGCUCUGAGCGGGGCUGGGAGCCCGCCCUGGCGCUGUGUGUGCGCGCAUGUGUGUCCGUGUGCGUGUGUGUGCGCACGCGCGCGUGUCUCUCGACGCGCGCGCGGGCGACGGGUGACCCAGGUCAGUGCCCGAGUUUUGUGUCAGGGGGCGCGGCCGCCGACUCCCACCCCCACCCCUACCCCCACUUGCCACCGAGCUGCUGUCCGAGGGGCCGGCCCCGCGGCGAAGCUACUUAUAUUUAUUCACCGUCUGUGCCUCCUCAAGCCGCUUCCUUC